GGGCAGGGCCUGGGAUUUUUGCUACCAGUUCUCCGAACCACCAGCCGCCAUCACUACUGGAUCAGGCGAGUCAGUUCGAACCGGGAGCAUUUCACCCUGGUCUGGGAGUUGAAGUCCACAAGUCUUAAAGUUGCCAAGGUAGGAGACCCCUGAUCUAGAUCAUGGCCAUUAUUUGCAUUGUUUAUUUAAAUUGGUUAGAGCUUCCCUCUCUGCAAGACUUGGGCUUUCCUGAUGCAAAAAUAAUAAAAGUGAUUAAAAACAUACAUCGACAUAGAUAUAUAGGAGAGCCCCAAACUGCAGACUGGGAUUUUCUAUAGGAUUUUGUGUGGGGGACAAGGGUAAGAAGAAGUGGUGGUGGUUGUUAGUCUGACAUUAGCAUACAGGUAGACCUCAACAUACGACCACAACUGAGCCCAAAAUAUAUGGUGUUGCUAAGCGAGAAAUUGGUUAAAUGAGUUUUGCCCCAUUUUACGACUUGUCUUGCCACAUUUGUUAAAUGAAUCUGGCUUUCCCAUUGACUUUGCUUGUCAGGUCACAAAAGGCAAUUAUGACUCCUGGGCACUGCAACCGUCAUAAAUGUUAAGUCACUUGUCAAGCGUCCAAAUGUAAAUUCCGUGACCAUGGGGAUGUUACAACAUUUUUAAGUGUGAAAAAUAGUCAUAAGUCACCUUUUUCACUGAUGUAUCUUUGAAUGGUCACUAAAUGAACCGUGGUAAGGACUACCUCUAUCUGGAUAAUGGACAUUAAUUGCAUUAUUUAUUUCAAUUGGUUAGAGCUUCACUUUGUGAAAGUCUCAGGGGCUUGAUGUAAUGCAAAAACAAUAAAAGCGAUUAAAAAUAUAUCAACAUAGAUAGCUUGCCUAGGAGAGCCCCAGAUUGGUAUUUUCUAUAGAAUUCUGUGUGCGAGGCAAGUGUAAGAAGAGGUGGUGGUUGUUGUUGUUGUUGUUCAAUUGCUAAGUCAAGUCUGAGUCUUUGCAGCCCCAUGGGCAAUAACAUGCCAGGCCCCCGUCCUCUACUGUACAUAGCAGAAAUAACCAGAUUUAAAGUACUAAGAACUAAAUAACUUUCCUGACUUCUAGGCAUCUGCUCACUUUCACGUGCCUGUCAAAAUGGACUAUGAAAUGGUGUAUCCCAAUAAAUCUAUUAGAAUGGAAACACGCACACUCCAAUCUCCGUUUUGCAGUUUCAGAGCUGCCAUUUACAGAUUUGUUACGGCUGUGAUUGACGAGAACAUAUGCCCGUUCUAAGGUUUCUCUGAUGAAGCGCUAAAUAUGUUUGGUUUUUUUGCAGCUUCUGGCUGGGCUUCCAGACCAGCUGGUUAGACUUUUUUUAAGUGUUUUUGUCUGACAUGACACACCGCAGUGUCAUGCCUGGGAUGCUUCUGGUUUCUAUCAGCUGAUUCAGUUUUUCUGGGUUUUGGAGGAGGGGGUUGACUUUAGUUGUAUAUUUAAGAAGGCUGAGAAAAGAAUUUAAAUUUGGUUUUUCUCUGCUGUCUUCAUUCUAAAUCCUACUUCUGUUCAUCUAGUUGGCUAUAAAGUGGAUCAGAAGCCCUGGUUUUCAUAUCUUGAUAGCUGACUUAGAUGAUCGCUGUAAGAAAUAUGAAUCCUAGUCAUUUAAUCUCUCUUUUAUCGUAUUUGUUUUAGGUCGGGACAUAUCCUAACCAUUUUAAAUGACAGCUACCAGAUGUGUGCUGUGGAAAUCAAAUAAUUAAUAGGUGGUAAACAAUAAGUUAACAUGUGUACCUAAAUUUCUGUCACCUAGUGGUUGUAUGAAUGUUUGCAGCUCAAAUCUGAUAUCCCUACCAUUAUGAAUGAGCAUCUUUUCAAUUUGAAAUUUGCUGCCAAGGAGCUUAACAGAAAUGCAAAAAAGUGUGAUAAAGAAGAAAAAGUUGAAAAAGUCAAGAUUAAAAAGGCAAUUCAGAAGGGUAACACGGAAGUGGCAAGAAUCCAUGCGGAAAAUGCCAUCCGACAGAAGAACCAAGCAAUCAACUUCCUGCGCAUGAGCGCCCGGGUAGAUGCGGUGGCAGCGAGAGUGCAGACGGCCGUCACAAUGGGCAAAGUAACGAAAUCCAUGGCUGGAGUAGUUAAAUCAAUGGAUGCUACGUUGAAAAGUAUGAACUUAGAAAAGAUUUCUGCCCUGAUGGAUAAAUUUGAACAGCAGUUUGAAACCUUAGAUGUUCAGACAGCACAGAUGGAAGACACCAUGAGCAGUACUACCACACUGACAACACCACAAAACCAAGUAGAUAUGCUCCUUCAAGAAAUGGCUGAUGAAGCUGGGCUUGAUCUGAAUAUGGAGCUACCUCAGGGACAAACAGGUUCUGUUGGCACAAGUGUUGCUUCAACAGAACAGGACGAGCUCUCACAAAGACUGGCACGCCUCCGCGAUCAAGUCUGAGGGGGAGUCACACCUGCAGCAUUGUACAUAUGCUUCCAGCUGCAUUCUCUGUACAUAUUUUGGGGCCUGACCAGGAUUUCUGUCAAGAUGUUUAAAUAACACACUAGUGCAGGGGUCUCCAACCUUAGCAACUUUAAGACAGCAAAGCCGGCUGAGGAACUCUGGGAGUUGAAGUCCACAAGUCUUGAAAGUUGCCAAGGUUGGAGACCUCUGCACUAGUGAACACCUCUCUCUCUCCCCCCACACACUUUGCUGUGCUUUCCUAAAUGCAUCUGACUCAGUAGUGUUGUGCCAUAAGUGCAUUUUCUAGGUCUGUAAUUGUACAUUUUGAAGCUGAAGGUUAUAUUUUUGCAGAUCUCUUUUUCAAUGAUUAAAAUGUUGGUUUUAUCGGAUGUCGCCGCAGGUAAUCAAACAGAAAGAACAGCUUGUACAAUUUUUAAGUUAUAUAACACGUUUUUUAAAUUAUGGAUGAUGUUUGCAAUUAAAUCCCUAAGAUGGUGUCUACAUGAUUCACGUGGUGUCACAUUAAUUAUCAAUAGGAUAAAAUACGUGUGUGUGUAUCCACCAGUAUUACAUCACUGGAGAAUCUUUCCAAGGCCCAUUACUUGUCAUGACACUUAAAAAUCAAGCAAUAUUUAUGCUGUCCUUAUAACCUGAAACUUAUAUUGCUAUCAACAGUUCAGUACCAAAGGAAUAAAAUAUAUUUUCAACGCUUUUGCCUAAUUUCCUUAAAAAUAUACAUGACGCUCCUGAGACAGUAAAGAAAACUAACCAAAACAUCAAAUUUGAAAUGCCAUUUUAAGAUUGUGGUAUUGUUGGAUCUGAUUGCUUUCUGCUGUGAGUGGGAACGAUCAACUGAAUUACAUCAGGAAGGAAAAUGAAAAAAAUGUGAGCAUACGUCUGAAGUAUUCCAUGAAGUAUGCUUCAAUUCUGUCUUUGUAUCUCUGCUUAAAACAAAUGGUAAGAUAAAGAUAUCUUCAACUCAAA